CAUUGAGCUGUAUACGCUCGACAAAAUUGCCGACAAUAGAAGUUUUGUUGCUUGUUUGAGACGAUGAAGUUGAGAAAUCUUUCACGUCAAAGUCGACCCUCUUUCAACGAUAGUGAAGAUAGUAACUUAUCUACUCAGCUAUCCAGGCCUGUCGUUCUUGACUUAACCCAUGCUUCCCAUCAUCUUAAGAAAAAUACAAGUUCACAUAAUAAUAGAGUCACAGAAGAACUUUUUGAAGAAGACAGCAAGGAAGGAAGGAAGAAGACCACAAGGGGCACUAGUAGAAAGACAACUUUUCGUUCCAACCACCGUUUCACAAAUAAGAAGAGUCGUUCAACUACUAGCUCUAGUGAUGAAGACGAGAUAUCUGCAACAUAUUAUGAUGAAGACUCGAUCAGUUCCAAUAGUACUAGUAGUGAAGAAUCAAGGUUGUCCUUUUCCUCAUUAGAUUCGGAAGAACAGGAAAUUUCAUGGAAUACUUCAGAGAGUUCAACAACGGUCGUUAGGACGAAAAGAAGACUGGAAGAUUUCGAAGAUGGUGAACAUGUAACUAUUUGGAAUUGUGUAGAACGCAGAAAGAUUGCAGGAAAUGCUGCACCCUUAGCUAAGAAUUUAAAAAAAUACUUUGAAAAACAUCCUGAAUGUGAAAUCUAUUCAGGACAAGAUAUGUUAGAGGAUCCUGAAACAGGAUUUUCGGAUAUAAAGACGAAAAAUUCGACAGUUUCACAUGCAACUGGAGGAGGACAUGUUUCUAUUUGGAAUCGUGUAGAGAAAAGAAAGAUUGCUGGGAACGCUGCACCUCUUUGGAAGAAUUUGGAAAAUUAUUUGCAGAAGCAUCCAGAAUGUGAAGUUUACAAUGGACAAGACAAGGAGUUUUUGGAGCGAAAGAGACAGAAAUCGAAACAGUUGCGCUUGACAAGAGAUUCUAGAAAGAUGAGAAGAGUUUCAUCUCAAUCAGCGACUCGUGCUAGUGAACCUUGCGUUGUUUCUGUGGAUAAGGAAGAAAUAAAAAGUGGCACGAUGGACAAUAAUAAGGAGGUUAUGAUGGUAGAAACUCCAGAAGAAAGUAAGGAUAUUGUGAUUGUCAGAGAUUCGAAAGAAGAGGAGAUGGCAUUGUUUGUAGAUUCUGUAUUUUCAGACUACACAAAGGAUUUGGCUACUUUUUUGAAUGACGACCUUUUUUAUAAAAAGCCAACUGAAUUGGAAGCUAAUCUUUCGGAUGGUUUAUGGGAAAGAGUUCCUUUUAUGGAGGAUAUAUUUGUGUUGGAUCAUUCUAAAGGAAUGAAAACUUCCAAAGGUGAUGAAGAUGCAGCUUUAGAGUUAAGUGAAGAGGAGUUGAGCUUAUUGAACGAUGAUUUGGAUGUUUUGGUAGAUUUUUCAGCCAAUAAUUAUUUCUCAUCUUCGUUUUAUGUGACUUGAGGAGAAAGUCUUUUCCUUUAAAUCAUUUCGUUGAUAUCUGUUUCAAGAUAUGUAGAGUUAGUAGGGAUGGACUCUUUUGAAAAGUAGAGUCAGGGUUUAGAUAUAUGAUUGUGCUAUUGCUUGUUUGGUUUAGGAGACAUUUAUAGGACAAGUUUUCAUAGACAUACAUAUAUAUAUAUACAUAUAUAUAAAAUAUUCCUAGAGAGA